AAAAAAAAAACAACACCCUAGUCGUCGUUUUCUUUGGCCUUUUUAUCUCAGUCUCUCACACUCGCUAGCUCUAUGUACUUUUCCAAUGUUAUCCUUGUCAGGCAAUUAAUGGCUUGGCGGACAGCUCUAGAUUAGUCUUUCCCCUCCUCCUCCUCCUCUUUUCUGUUAUGUGUCUUGUGUUGUUGUGCUAUUCAGCUCUUCCUAGUCUUUAUCUUCCAUUGCUCGGCUUGCAGUUUCGUCCCGCCUCAUUUUUAAGGUGUUUUUGCUGCUGGAGGUGAACCAGAACUGGCAAUUUCGCUUUCUGAGGGUUCUCUCAGAUAUCUUUGAAACUACACGUGUGGCUGGGAUGAGAUUGCUGACACUCUGGUGAUGUGACAUCAAUCCAUCGUUUGAAUGGCAAUAAUGUUGCGCUUUACUGUGAAGGCCUUUAGGUCUUAUCUUUCUUGCCCAAUUUCUUAAUUUCUUUGUCAUGUAACUUGAAAAAGAAGUUCAUGGUUUCUCUUCAAUAAUUCAGGUUUAUAUUGAAACAUGAAAGAUUCUGUUUCAUUGUAUGUGAAGUUUAGGAGCAGUACUAGGCACUAGCUCAAGUGGUCUUGCUUCCCAUCCCCUGCCUAAUUGGAAGUAAUUGUUCAUCUGUUGUGUUUGUUUUGGAAGAAAUUGAAGAUUCAAUGUCCCAAUAUGUGACCACUGGUUAUUGUUUGAUCUUUUUUGACUGGAAAUGAUUGUCUAGGUGGAUCAGUUGGAGAAGUAUUGAAGGAUAAUUGCAAAAGGAAAAUGUUCUAUGGGCUAUAGUUUCGUGACUCUUUUGAAAUUAGUCUAAUUUGAUGAAUCUAAAGAACUAAGCAUUUCUCACAUUGCUCAAAGGGUCUUGGAGACUCCUUGAUGGAGUCAUCAUCGUCAUCUGGUUCAUUGAAGAGAGCUCGAACAACAAAUAGCGCAACCCAGGUCUCUUCUUGCUUGGUCGAUGGAUGCACUUCAGACCUUAGCAAAUGCAGGGACUAUCACAGGCGACACAAAGUAUGUGAAGUUCACUCUAAGACUCCUACGGUUACGAUUAAGGGUCAAGAACAAAGAUUUUGUCAGCAGUGCAGCAGGUUCCAUUCCUUGGGAGAGUUUGAUGAGGGAAAGCGUAGUUGCAGAAAACGCCUUGAUGGACAUAAUCGGCGUCGAAGGAAACCUCAGCAAGAUUCUUUGUCCAUAAGUUCUGGAAGGUUAUUUACCAAUCACCAAGGUCUCACUCCCAGGGACUUGCAUUUUGGCAAUGCACCGUUUCUUUCAACUAGUCCUGUAAGCAGCUCUGCCUGGUCUGGCUCUGUCAAACUUGAGAACGAUGCAUUUGUUUACAGCAACCAUUUCCCGGGAUCCUUUUCUCAGAGCUACAAAGUAGGAAAGCAGUUCCCAUUCUUAGAGGGCAAUGGUUCCACACUACCGAGCAAUUCCCUCAGUCAACCGCAUUUCGAUGCCAAUUCCAUAUUGGGUAGUAGUGGCAGCAGCCAGAAGAUGUUCUCUGGUGGGUUAAACCGAGUCAUCAAUGCUGGUUGUGCUCUCUCUCUUCUGUCAUCACCUCUGCCACCUACGGAUACUCCAGAUCUUGGUUUGAGCCACAUGGUGCAGCCUGCGCUGGCUACCCGAACUCAGUCAUCUUUGAUUCCAAGCCUGCAGUAUAACAGCCUGGGAAUUGGCAGUGAAUCACUUGGAUCGAUUAUUGUACCCAAUAGCGGCAGCGAUACCAACCUUCAUUGCCAGGAUAUGUUUCAGAUAGUUCCUGACGGAUCAACUUCUGCAAGUGCCUCUCACCAGACUCUCUCCUUCAUCUGGGAGUAGUUCAUGCUUUCGUUUUGGAAAUAAAAUAUGACUACUCAUAGCCUAUCAAGUUUUUUGAAGCUGUUGCCUAAAUAAUAAACUUCUAGCCCCUUUUAAUUAGAAUUUUUAAUGCUCCAUAGGUCUAUGGAAUUUCUGGAGCUGUUCUUGGUCUUCUGAACUUCAAUAAUUUUAUUGCAAUCUAUGGUCUUGGAAAAUUUCAUAGCA